UGACGCCCCGCCCACCGAGCGUCCCUCUCGCCAAAUGGACGGGUAGCGGCGGCGGCUGGCAGCGCAAAACUCCCGUAUUUGGGUUGAAAAGUGAAACAUUCCCGACGCGAAGCGACGCAAACACCGGGAUUAUCGAUGAUCGGUGCUCACCCGCGGGGGAAAAAGCUGCCGAACAGCCGCCGAGCUCCACCAGCGACCCGGUUCGGCCUCAGGUCCGCGCGAGUGUGUGUGUGUUGCCGAUCAGAACCGCAUCCGUCGAGUCUCCGGAGCGCCCGUAUCGGUCCGGUUAACGGGAGGAGGCUGUCGCGUGUGUGACUGACUGACUGACUGAAUGUGUGUGUGAGUGAAAGUGUGAGUGUGUGUUGAUGCACUGACACACACACCCGCACGCACGCUCACACACACCGCUGGUUGUUGUUGUUGUUGUGUCGGUUCUGCGGUGAUCCGGGCCUCUGCAGAAUCAGCGGGUGUUCGGAUGGAUGUGUGAGGCGGACACACGAGCACUGGGUCUCGCUCCGGGAUCAGGAUGGAGAACCCGCAGAAAAACAGCCCGCUGGUCAGAGAUCUGACCCGAGCCUUCAGUCACUACAACAAACACAACCUCUUCUUGAAGAAGAACCACAAGGAGACCCUCGCCUUCUUCAGGGAGUUCCGACAGAACCACAGCAACACCUGCAGCAGCAGCAGCAGCACAUCUGGAGGUCUGGACACAGAUCAGCUCAGCUGCAUCUCGCUGCUGCGUCACGAGGAGGACUAUCUGCAGAAUGUGUUCGGCAGCGCCCCCUACAUCCUCAUCCUGGGCCAAGACUGUUCGUCCCGCUACCAGCUCCUCAACUGCCUGCUGGGAGAGAGGCUCCUCCCCCUGGGCUCGGAGGUGGGCGGGGCCUGCGGGCCGGAGGGCGGGGCCUGCAGGAGGAGGAAGUUGUGUUUCACGCACGGCCGUCAGACGCGCUUGAGCCUGGCGUUGCCGGGACAGUACGAGCUGGUGCAUCAGCUGGCGGCCCACUGCGGACGCUGGGACACGGUGCCGCGCGAGGACCUGGAGAUCCAGGAGUGCGAGGAUCCCGCGCAGCGAUUGGCCGAGCUGGAGAUCACGCUCCAUCACCCGCUGCUGCAGGAGGUGAAGAUCAUGGUGGUCCCGUGUUGCGGCGUUCAGCCGGUGGAGGAGGCUCUGGAGGACUGCAAGCGCGCCAUCCUUCCCAUCAUCCUCUACGCCGUCAGUAAAGACGCUCUGAGCGACGAGCAGGUGAGCGACCUGCAGAAGGUGCGCGAGGCGCUGCCGUUCCCCGUCUGCUUCGUCCGGAUCCCCGGCGGCCCCUCGGACCCCGCGUCUCCCGAGCCGUCCCGCGGCGCCCUCUACAGGCAUCUGCAGUCUCUGGAGCUCGUCGGCGCGGCGGCGGGAAACUGCGCCUGCGGGGCUCCGGCGCAAACGCCCGGGAGGAUGCAGAGCGUUGUGGCUGAGAGUCUGGAGCGUCUGCAGCGCGUCCUCGUGCCCUUCGCUCGACAGCUGCUGCAGAGUCAACAGGUGGAGGCGGCAACGCUGCUCAACGCCGUACACUGCCGCUGGCUCGACCUCUUCAUCAACCAGGCGUUCGACAUGCAGCGGGAUCUUCAGAUCACUCCUCGGCGUCUGGAGUACACGCGUGAGAAGGAGGGCGAGCUCUUCAGUUCUCUGAUGGCCAUCGCCAACCGCAAGCAGGAGGAGAUGAAGGAGAUGAUCGUGGAGACGCUGAGCAGCAUGAAGGAGCAGCUGCUGGAGGACGCCGCUAACCUGCAGUUCACAGACAUCAUCAUUUCCUCUAACGGCGAGCCGGUGAGCUCGAAGGACAUCAAGAUGUGCAUCAGUCAGAUCCAGGAUCUGAUCGUGGUGCAGCUCAAUCAGGCCGUGGCCAACAAACUCACCAGCUCCGUGGACUACCUGAGAGAGAGCUUCGUCGGGACGCUGGAGAGGUGUCUGGGCAGCCUGGAGAAGAGCACGCCCGAGUCCUGCACGCACAACGUCACGUCAAACCACCUCAAACAGAUCCUGAACGCCGCCUAUCACGUGGAGGUGACCUUCCACUCGGGCUCCUCCGUCACGCGCCUCUUCUGGGAGCAGAUCAAACAGAUCAUCCACCGCAUCACGUGGGUCAAUCCUCCGUCCAUCACGGCCGAGUGGAAGCGGAAGGUCGCGCAGGACGCCAUCGAGAGCCUGAGCGCCUCCAAACUGGCGCGGAGCAUCUGCUCUCAGUUCAGGACCAGACUCAACAGCUCCCACGAGGCCUUCGCCGCCUCCCUCAGACAGCUGGAGGAGGGUCACACGGGCCGUCUGGAGCGAACUGAGGACCUGUGGUUGCGGGUCAGGAAGGAUCACGCCCCUCGACUCGCUCGCCUAUCACUGGAGAGCCGAUCGCUGCGAGACAUACUGCUGCACGGAAAGCCGAAAAUGGGUCGUGAGCUGGGCCGUGGUCAGUACGGUGUGGUGUAUCUGUGUGAUAACUGGGGUGGACGUCAUCCGUGUGCCCUAAAGUCAGUCGUUCCUCCUGAUGACAAGCACUGGAAUGACCUCGCGCUGGAGUUCCACUACACACGGUCUCUGCCUAAACACGAGCGUUUAGUGAAUCUCCACGGGUCGGUUAUCGAUCACUCGUACAGCGGCGGCUCCAGUAUCGCGGUUCUGCUGAUCAUGGAGCGAUUACACAGAGAUCUCUACACGGGUCUGAAGGCCGGUCUGUCUCUGAAGGAGCGUCUUCAGAUCGCUCUGGACGUGGUGGAGGGGAUCCGGUUUCUGCACAGUCAAGGUCUUCUGCACCGCGACAUCAAGCUAAAGAACGUCCUGCUGGACAGACAGAACCGGGCAAAGAUCACUGACUUGGGCUUCUGUAAACCCGAGGCCAUGAUGUCCGGCAGUAUCGUAGGGACGCCCAUCCACAUGGCACCAGAACUCUUCACAGGAAAGUACGAUAACUCAGUAGACGUGUACGCGUUUGGGAUUCUCUUCUGGUAUCUGUGCUCCGGCUCCGUCAAACUCCCAGAAGCCUUUGAGAAGUGCUCCAGUAAAGACCAGCUGUGGACAAACGUCAAGAAAGGCUCGCGGCCGGAGCGUUUGCCCACGUUUGACGAGGAGUGCUGGCAGCUGAUGGAGGCCUGCUGGAACGGAGACCCUUCCCAGAGACCCCUGCUGGGCAUCGUCCAGCCCAGCCUGCAAAGCAUCAUGGACCGCCUGUGCGACAAUUCUGACCAGAAGAGCGGCAACCUGGAGGACUCGAACUGACGCAGUUUCCCUGCAUGCUCCUCCGAGACGCUCUCGUUUUGUGUGUAAAGAAAAAAAAAAUGGACGAACAUUGCUUGUCUGCCUCCGAACAAACCUGAUCAUGCGUGUCAUAUUCGCCGCUGCUCGUCACGGAUCCUCUAGAGCCCAGAGUUUUACAAGUAGUCGAGUUUGUGUUACAGAUGAACUGAAGCGCUGAUUUUUAGAUGGUGUUUAAACUGGUUUACAUUAUCCUGACAUGACAUUUUUUAAUAAAAUCAUUUGGACCAAUUCA